AUGCGCUUCAGGAUCCAUCCAGAAUAUUCGAGAGAUCUUGUCAACUUGUAUUCCACCACAGAGCUUGAGGAUUGCAAACAAUUGUCCUUAUUCACAACCAUGAGCGACGUGUUAUUCCAUUUUGAUGAUGAUACCUCCAUCAAUUCACACAAAGCUAUUCUUUGUUGCCGAUCUGAAUACUUUAGAGCCAUGUUCUCGAUCGGUCAAUUCAUGGAAAGUUCACAAAAAGUAAUUCAUCUCGAUAACACACCUAAAGACGUGUUUGAAAUUUUACUGCGAUUUAUUUAUGCAGGUGAGGAAAUUUCAGAUGAGAGUAUUACAGCAGAACAAAGUGUUCCCUUAUUAGAGUUGGCCACACGAUUCAAUGUUGAAACUGUGAAAUUGGCAGCAGAACGAAAGAUUAUUCGAUUUUUAACUCCUUCCAACGUGGUGCCCAUGUGCAGUGUGGCAGACAUGUGUCAAGCUCUCAAUGUUAAAAAGUGUUGCAUGCACUUGAUUGCCAAACAUUUCAAAGCUUACACAAGAGAAGAUCUCGAAAAGGAAUUGGACUCAACUCUCAUGGGAGAAAUUGAAACUCUUCACAUUGAAUAUGUCAAAGCCGCAGAAAAUCAAUCAGCCAAUGAGCAAGCAGUAUUUACUUACAUGCGUGAACAACAAGAAGCAGCUGACAGUUUACUCGAUGAUGAACAUCGUCAACAUUUAGUCAAUGAAUACGACGAUGACGACAUGGAUAUGAUUCAGACCAUUCUGCAUGGAACUCACAACCCUCAAAAUCCUGUACAUGCUCCUUCCCAUAGACAUACUACACAAAACAAUCGUGGCAGUGGUACCACCUCACACAAGAAGAAUUGUUUAUUCAUGUAG